AGCAUGUCCUUGAGUCCAAAGCAGUCCACCCCCUUCUCGGUCACGGACAUCCUGAGCCCCAUGGAGGACUACCGAAGGUUUGGCGCCUUGGAGCCCGCCGGGGGGAGCCUGCUGGGGGCGUACCCGCACCAGCAGGUGUCCCAGGCCGCCAUGCAGCAGCAUCAGCACCAUCAUCUUCAUCAGCACCUGUCAUCCACGUCCUCAGCCGCGCUGCAGGGCCACGGGGGCUCCUAUCACGUCACCCACGGGGUGCCACAGUUCUCCGGUAACGUGGGGGGAUUCUGUACCGGAGCAGAGCUGCCGGCCUACCAAGACUCUGUGAGGGGGUGCGGCCCGCCGGCGAGCUGGUACAGCGCUCCGGAACCAAGAUACACACCAAUUUCCAGGUUCGUGGGAUCCUCGGCCGGCAUGAACGUGGGCGGCCUGGCGGGGUUGGACCGUAGCGGCAAGGCCGUGCUGGGCCUCCAUGCGGCCCCCAGGAGGAAGCGGAGGGUUCUGUUUUCUCAGGCCCAAGUGUUCGAGCUGGAGCGCCGCUUCAAGCAGCAGAAGUACCUGUCAGCCCCAGAGAGAGAACACCUGGCCGGACUCAUCCACCUCACUCCGAACCAGGUAAAGAUUUGGUUCCAGAACCACCGCUACAAGCUGAAGCGGCAGGUGAAGGACAAGGCGGCCCAGCUGCAGCAGGACGCGGGCGGCUUAUGUUCGGGAGGCCGCCGUGCCUCCUCCUCCUCGCCGCUUCUCGCCAAGACCGUCAAGCCAAACCGGAGCGACUACUGCGGCUCCAACCGGACCGCAGAGCACGACUGCAGUUCGUCAGAAAAUCUUACCGCGAACCAGCAGCUGGACGAUCUGGACCGGAACCUGUCGCCCAGUCCGCCACUGGGCCUGCACUUGCACACGGACUCGAGUCUCCUGGACUACAACGGCGGUACAGUUGGGUCCAAUUCACUCUACGGCAGAACUUGGUAGGACUACUUGUCAGCUUGUGGAUGUGUCCCGGAACUAAACUCUCGGAACUUUUCUUCUUUGUACGCAAUAAUUCAAAACUUACAAC